AUUUCAACCCUUCCUCAGUAAUCGACACAAAAAUCUCGAAAUCCCUCCUUCCAUUCUUCAAAAUUACGUCGACGAUCAAGCAUCCGACCAGAAACCCAGCCAUGGUAGUCCCUCUCGGCCCUGGCAAGUUCUACGGCGGUAGCCUUCCUCGGCCGCGCUUCUACUCCGAUACCAAGUUCAACCCAGAUCGCGUAGAUCCGCCACUGCCCGUGAUGGAGCCGCUACUGUCCUGGGCUAAUGAAGCCCACUGGUCAAUGGGGGGUCUCAGCUUCAAGCGUCUCCGCCUCCAAGGCCGGAUCGAAGGGAAUGUGAACAAGCUUCGUCGACAGAUUGAGAAGCUUCAGAAGAACAGCCCGGCUAAAGAUUCUACCGUUGAUCGCCCCGGUAGCACAAGCAAGAGGGCUGCUUCGGUAUCUCCGCCUCCUGCUCCUGCGGCAGUGAAGAGGAGGAGAUACUUGGCCUUGUCUGAUUCUGAUUCUGAUUCUGAUUCUGAGGAUAAUGAGAGAAGCGAUGGUGAAUUUAUGCCGAAAAAAGAAAAGAUGGCUUUCAGAAGAGGUGCAGUGAGGAAGUUGGGGGAUGAUUUCGAGAGGGUUGCAAGGGAGAGUAGUAGCGCAGCGAAAGGGAAGAGCAAUAAUGGGAUUGGUCUCAAUGUGAUGAAGAUUGUCAAUGAGAUCAAUGAUGGGGUGGCGUUUGAAGGGGAGAAGACGAGCAAGAAGGCCCUGAAGAACGGCAGCGGUGUAGUGCAGAGUGGGACUAGGACUUCUCCAAGACUGGCUGGUGGGACUAGAACUUCUCCAAGACUGGCAAAUCGCCGGAUGAACUAGAUCAUUAUAAUAGUAGUAGUAGCAGUAGUCAUUGUUAAGUUAUAUCAUUGCUAUGAGAGAGUUGCAAAUGGGAUUAGAAUAGAUAUAGGUUUUCGCUUUUCCUUUUAAGAGUUCCUAAAAAGCUUGAAUGCUUAGAGUUCUGCUGAAUUGGCGUCGGCUUGUAAAUUGUUAAUGCUUCAAUACUAGUGAACAAUUCUCGCU